AUAAUGAACACAAGAAAGAAAAUUCCAUAAAAUUGAUACUUCGUGUUUUGUAAGCCAAAUUCAUUUUCAAUUACAUAAAUUCUUUGAGUGCUAAAGUUUACAAGUCAAAUUUAUCUGUAAUGAUACUUAUUGUCCAACAUAUAUGAGGGCACAUAGAUGUCUCUGAAUGACUAAUUUUUCUCCUAUAAUCAUGAAAUGUAAUUAGAGCUUAUAGCUAAAUAACACGAAGAUAAUUUAUUUAGCUGACAACUGGAAGAAAUCUGUAAAGUCAAUGAACUAGUUUGAUACAAACAAUAGCAGGUUGAUUGAAUUUUCACUUUUUAAUCUGUUACUUUGAUAUCAAGUAUUUUCAGCAUUAAAUAAAUUUUGUUGAUUGAAGUAUUGUCCACUGGGAGAAGACAAUGUAACAUAUAACUAGAGGGCCUUUUCUAUUUUUCCUGAAUCUUUUGUAGAUUAAAGCAAUGGUUAUAAUGAUAUUCUCAGUAUGUAAAACUUCAAUAUUUGAUGCAGGCAUUCAGUUUUGUAUGUGUGUGUAAGUAUAUGUGUAUAUGUAUAUAUGUGUAUAUAAAACAUAGAUUGUUUAUAAACAGCUGUGAGAGAUAGAAAGCAAAGGAUAUUCUUUGAAACUGAAUGAGCACCCACUGUUCUGCCUAGAUGUUCAAAAAUUAUGUAGCAAGGAAUGGCUGUUUACAAGAUAUGUUCUAAAUUGUUUGUAUAAAUGAGAUAUACAUAAGUUGCUUCCCUUUAGCUACUUCUAGCUUCUACCUUGAGUUGGUUCAACUUAUUGCUUGAAUUUUAGAAACGCAGCCCUAUCUGAAUCAAUUAUCUUAUCCUCUUGAAAUUGCUUGCUUUCUUUCUUUCAUCUCAGAAUAUAAUUUUUCAGACCAUAACCUUCAAUGUUACUUAUACACCAUAAAUGCUUUUGACAUUUUGUUACAUAAUGAUUACUUUGUUGCAUUUACUCCUACAUGAUGGCACUCUAAAGUGACCAGGAUGACAUAUGAGGCCAAGAUACAGAGUGGGCACCAUUCCAUCCUGUGCCUCUCCAUUAAUCCAGGAUCAAUUGUAAUGUUCCUUGUCAUCAGGUCAACUUCUAUAAUUCAUUUUCUGGAUAAUUUGGAGAUCAUCUGGUUCAACCGCCUCCCCAAUCCAUGAUUCGUCAAAGAACUGACAUUCAAACAAGCAGAGUACAUUCAUAACAUCAAACAGAAAAUUAAAGACGACUUACACCCAAACUCAGACUCUUGAAAUUCUGACUGAAGAUAGACAUUUUUUUUUCUGCCUGAUUGUAUGGGAGAAAUUUUGACCUUAGAAGGUGGAAAUGAGGUUGCUAUGGAAACUGGUAAUUCUGCUGCCACUCAUAAAUACUUGCUCAGGUGAUGGCCAUUUGAGCCAUCCUAUUUUUACCCAGGAACCACAGGAUGUUAUUUUUCCUUUGGAUUUGUCAAAAUCUGAAAUCAUCCUGAAUUGUGCUGCAAAUGGUUAUCCUUCGCCCCAUUAUAGGUGGAAGCAAAAUGGCACAGAUAUUGAUUUUACCAUGAGUUAUCACUACAGGUUGGAUGGAGGCAAUUUGGCAAUCAGUAGCCCCCGCACAGACCAAGAUAUUGGCACAUACCAGUGCCUGGCCACCAACCCUCUAGGAACAAUUUUAAGUCGGAAGGCGAAGCUCCAAUUUGCAUAUAUUGAAGACUUUGAAACCAAAACAAGAAGCACAGUGUCUGUCCGAGAAGGUCAAGGUGUGGUGCUUCUCUGUGGUCCACCACCACACUUUGGAGAUUUAUCUUAUGCAUGGACUUUCAAUGAUAACCCCUUAUAUGUCCAAGAGGACAAGAGACGAUUUGUAUCACAAGAGACAGGAAACUUGUACAUUGCCAAAGUGGAACCAUCAGAUGUUGGCAACUACACCUGCUUCAUAACCAAUAAGGAAGCCCAGAGGAGUGUUCAAGGACCGCCCACUCCAUUAGUUCAGCGCACUGAUGGUGUGAUGGGGGAAUAUGAACCAAAGAUUGAAGUACGUUUUCCUGAAACUAUACAAGCUGCAAAGGAUUCAUCUGUAAAACUGGAAUGCUUUGCCCUUGGAAAUCCAGUCCCUGAUAUUAGUUGGAGGAGGUUGGACGGAAGCCCAUUGCCAGGGAAAGUCAAGUACAGCAAAUCCCAAGCUAUCCUUGAAAUCCCGAACUUUCAACAGGAAGAUGAAGGCUUCUAUGAAUGCAUUGCAGGCAACCUUCGAGGAAGAAAUCUUGCCAAGGGUCAACUGAUUUUCUAUGCCCCUCCAGAAUGGGAACAAAAAAUACAAAAUACAUACCUGUCUAUCUAUGACAGCUUGUUUUGGGAAUGCAAAGCUAGUGGGAAGCCAAACCCUUGGUACACAUGGUUAAAAAAUGGUGAACGCCUCAAUCCAGAGGAAAGAAUUCAAAUAGAAAAUGGGACACUUAUCAUAACUAUGCUGAAUGUAUCAGAUUCUGGUAUCUACCAAUGUGCAGCAGAAAACAAAUAUCAGAUAGUUUAUGCAAAUGCAGAACUGAGAGUAUUAGCCUCUGCUCCUGAUUUCUCCAAAAAUCCCGUUAAAAAAAAUUCAGUUGUGCAAGUUGGUGGGGAUAUUGCAAUCGAAUGCAAACCAAAUGCUUUCCCUAGAGCUACUAUCUCCUGGAAAAGAGGAAUGGAAAACCUGAGACAAAGCAAAAGAGUGUUUCUCAUGGAGGAUGGCAGUCUCAAGAUAUACAACGUUACCAGGUCAGAUGCGGGAUUAUAUACUUGCGUAGCUACAAAUCAGUUUGGUGUUGCGAAGAACACUGGCAGCCUUAUUGUAAAAGAGAGGACUGUUAUUACGGUUCCACCUUCCAAAAUGGAUGUUACAGUUGGCGAGAGUAUAGUGCUACCAUGCCAGGUGUCCCAUGACCCCUCCAUUGAAGUUGUAUUUGUAUGGUCUUUCAAUGGAGAUGUCAUAGACUUAAAAAAAGGAGUGGCUCAUUUUGAGAGGAUUGGAGGAGAAUCUGUUGGGGAUUUGAUGAUAAGGAAUAUUCAGUUAAAUCAUUCAGGAAAAUAUCUAUGCACAGUAAAAACAACUCUAGAAAGUUUAUCUGCAGUAGCUGAUAUCAUUGUGAGAGGUCCCCCAGGUCCCCCAGAGGAUGUAAGAGUGGAGCACAUUUCCAGUACUACUUCUCAACUAAGCUGGAGGCCAGGCUCAGAUAAUAAUAGCCCCAUUCAAAUAUUUAGUAUUCAGGCUCGGACACCAUUUUCUGUGGGUUGGCAGGCUGUUUCAACAGUGCCAGAAAUUCUCAAUGGUCUGACAUACAAUGCAACAGUGGUUGGUUUGAAUCCUUGGGUGGAAUAUGAAUUUCGUGUUGUGGCUGGGAACAGCAUUGGGAUUGGAGAACCAAGUAAACCAUCAGAAUUAUUAAGGACCAAAGCAUCAGUACGUGUGGCACCAACAAACAUCAAUGGAGGUGGAGGAAGUCGGUCUGAACUCGUCAUUACGUGGGAGUCAAUUCCAGAAGAACUCCAGAAUGGAGAGGAAUUUGGAUACAUCAUCAUGCUACGGCCAGUUGGCUCAACAACCUGGACCAAGGCAAGAGUACCAUCUGUAGAAUCGUCAAGGUUUGUUUACAGAAAUGAAAGCAUCAUUCCCCUCUCUCCCUUUGAAGUCAAAGUGGGGGUGUAUAACAAUGAAGGAGAAGGAGCCCUGAGUACUGCGUCCAUUGUCUACUCUGGGGAAGAUGAACCCCAGCUGGCCCCAAGGGGAACUUCUGUUCAAAGUUUUUCUGCUUCAGAAAUGGAGGUUUCAUGGAAUGCUAUUGCCUGGAAUAGAAAUACUGGAAGAGUUCUGGGUUAUGAGAUCUUAUACUGGACAGAUGACUCCAAAGAAUCCAUGAUUGGUAAAGUUAGAGUCAGUGGAAAUGUCACAACCAAAAACAUCACAGGACUCAAAGCUAACACUGUUUACUUUGCUUCUGUGAGAGCUUAUAACACUGCUGGGACAGGGCCUUCAAGUCCCCCAGUCAAUGUUACCACCAAAAAGUCUCCUCCAAGUCAACCACCAGCUAACAUUGCCUGGAAGCUGACAAAUUCUAAAUUAUGUCUAAACUGGGAACAUGUAAAAACCAUGGAAAAUGAGUCUGAAGUAUUGGGUUACAAGAUUCUAUACCGGCAAAACAGACAGAGUCAAACUCAUAUUUUGGAAACAAACAACACAUCUGCUGAGCUUCUGGUUCCAUUUGAAGAGGACUACUUGAUUGAAAUAAGAACAGUUAGUGAUGGUGGGGAUGGAAGCAGCAGUGAGGAAAUUAGGAUUCCAAAAAUGUCAAGUUUGAGUUCCAGAGGAGUUACAGUCUUACAACCUGGUGUCUAUUUCCUGCCAGUUGCCAUUAUGAUUUUUUUUUACUGUUUUGCUAUUCAGUCACUUAUAUGAUGAAUAAAACCAUAAAUCUUUUGA